AUGUUGGCCAGGCUAUGCGCAAAGCUCUGCUGCUCUCAAACCGAUACCAAUGCUGACGAGGCUCAGCCUGCUAUCCUCCAUGCAAACUCCUCGGCGGCUGAGUGGGAAGGCCCCGAGCCGACAAGCAAGAUAAGUUGCGAUGUUGACUUCGUGUCUUCAGACCGUGGUGUUGAGGAGCCGAAAGAUCUUUGGCAGGUAGCAUUCGACAGCCUCGAUCCGGAGCGCAAACGCUGGUUAUCAAAGGAAGACAAGUCCCCGGUAGAGGUAAUCGAGCGGGUGAUCGGUGAGACGAAAAAUAAAUAUGAGGAGUAUCGUAAGAAGUCCCUGGUGAUACGACGACCUGACGGAAGUGACAUCAACAAAGUCGUGGAAUCGAUUGUGAGCUUUGACCCAAGUGGCCACGCAUCAAGUGCCUGGGCGAUUGUCUCACUGGGCUUGACGAUGGUCCAGAGGAAUAUUUAUCGCAGAGAUGCCAUAUUUGAAUCCUCCGAGUAUUUGGCUGAUAAGCUUGCUUACUUUACCAUCAUUGACAGUGAAUCGCGAUAUAAAGGCUGUGCGAGCGACGAGCAUUUGGAGGAUGCUCUGACAGGUGUUUAUUCGGCGAUACUGGAAUACGCAGCGGAAGUGAGCAAGACGCACAAAGAAAGUGCUGGUGCCCGAAUAGGGAGCACGCUCAUUCCCCUUACCGAACAGCCAUUGCAAAAGCUUCGAACAGUGGUGGAUGCAAAAGCCACGACGGCUAAAGAAUGGGCUAGUAUGACUGACCGAUCUCAUCUAAAGAAGCAGGUUGAGGAUAUCCUCACAGCUGUUGACAAGAAUACUGAAAACCUGCAGGAGGUUCACUUGAGAUUAUUGAGUAAGCUCCCCUAUGCAUCAGGAAUGUUGAAGUCGACAUUAUUGACGGGAGCAGGUGCCGAGGGGGAUCGAAUUCUGGAAUUGCUAUCUAAGUCGGACUAUUCGACUCCCCAAAACAACUCUCAAUACCAUCGAACCAAAGGGACAGGGGACUGGAUUGCGGCGAGAGAGGACUAUCAACAGUGGAAAGCUCGGCCAGGGAGUAUCUUCUGGCUGCAUGGCGUUGCGGGUUGUGGUAAAUCGGUUAUGUGCUCGACGAUGAUGGAAGCUGACGUUGCGGCCUUUGUCAAACUCGGAACGCUUUCGCUGGGCAGACCGUUGACUUUGGAAGAAGUUGCGGCAGCAGUACGUCUAAAGGUUCCGGAGCAUAUCAUCAACAUUUUCAAGGAGUUUCUUGUCGCCUCCACCGCAAAGCCAGAUCCUUGGUACCAUCUCUCCAUCUUGUGGGGUCAAACAUUGAUCGCCCAAUUCACCCUGGAAACCCUUUUAACACAGAAGCAAAGAUUAUCGGAAGAGGAUGUGGGGAGGAACCCAAUACUCGAGUAUGCUGCGUGCAACUGGCACGACCACUUCAAAGGUGUAGCAACCAUCAACCCCGAUACACCAAUCCAGACUAUGGUCGAUGACCUUUUCUGUGAUCCUACUGCCUACCGCAACUGGCAAUACAUAUUAACCGAGUUCGACGAGCUUGAAGCGCAGCCAACUCCUGUCGGUGCAGCAUCCGAGCUGGGGCUUGUUCACACCGUCAAUAUGUUACUCGAACAAGGGGCUGACCCUUUAGAAAUGUUUACACGAGGGCGAAAGAAAUCAAGCAAUGCUGUCUUUGAUGCUUCUCAGGCUGGGCAUCUUGAUGUUCUGGAUUUAUUGUUGAAGAGAUGUUCCUUGUCUCUUCAUCUGGCCAAGAGUACAUUGGAGAGAAUUGAAUCCCGCAGCUCCGAAGCUAAGACACUGCAUGAUAUAAUGGAAACCCUUUCAGAUUCAGGAGUCCUGUUUGUUGAACCCAGGGGGCAAGAUAUUCGCAUCGAUGAGCGGAUAGUUAUCGCCGCGGCGAGUAACAGGCAUUACGGCUUGGAACUUAUGACCAUUCUCCUCGAUCAGUUUGGAGGCGAGGGGGUGGCGGCUGUGCCCAUAAACGAACAAGUGUUGGCAAUUACUCUCAAGAAUGAGGAACAUGGAAGUGAUAUACUUGAGCUACUUCUUAAAACACGCGGUGCGGAUGUUCAGAUCUACCCACGGAUCAGGGAGCUGUUGGCAUCGACCCACAGCAUUGCUUCUCGUGCUGUGGAAAUACUCCUCGAAGCGCGGCUUGGAGAAAUCUCCUUGGAUGAGAACUUCAUUGCUGGCUUUGCAAAACACGCAACUGUUAAUGAUUGUGGUGCUGAUGUCAUGCGUCGGCUUCUUAGUCGACAAGAACACAGGGCUCAAGUUAGCGAGCGUGUUCUGUGCACGGCAGCAAAACAGGGGAUAUACCUCAGUUCGGUCGAGAUCCUAGGUGUUCUCCUGGGUGAUUGUGGAGCGGACUUUCCAUUAGGCGAAAAUGUCAUGCUGGCGGCUCUGAGUGGCGGGAACUAUGCGACUCAAAUAAUUGAAAUGUUCUUGUGCAGGCAGCAAGCAGGAUUUACGGUCAGCCCGGCGGUCCUAGCACAAGCGGCCUCCCAUUCUCACGGUGCAAAGAUUCUUGAGUUACUCAUGAACAACGGAGGAUUAAGAGUUCCAAUAACCGAAGAGAUACUAGUCUGUGCUGCAUCAAAGGAUGGAAAGAUUAGCUACCUACUCGACCUAGAGGAAAAGUCGCAAAUCCAGGUGCUUCCUAUCACGGACCAAGUACUAGUACGCGCUGUAGGCUGCUUGAAUGCUGCCAUUCUGCAGAGACUUUUUCGCAGAAGACCCCAAACUCGAGUGACCGGUGAUAUGUUUGUUGCAGGAUGCAAUAAGCUUUCCAAGCUAUCACUAUUGUUGCAGCAGCCGCACGAUCAACUGCCAAUCAUGCAGAUGAUGCAGGGAUUAUUACGGUAUCCUGGGGAGGCGCGUGAAGAGGUGAUCAAGUUUCUCCUAGAUGAGAAUUUCUUUGAUGUCGAUGAACGGUUCGUGGAAAUCUUCGCUGAGGAUUCAUAUGUUUUAGAGAUCUUGCUCCAGAGCAAGCCAAAUUUGCUCAUCACGGAGCGAGCCGUCAUCAAAGCAGCACAAAACAAAACAGCACUGUCCAUUUUGCUCGACAAACGAAUUGACGAUCUCCCAAUUUCAUCAGAAGUGAUGGUUUCCGUGGCUAGAUCAUAUGAUCCAGUGACUAGUAACUUGCGGCGCAUUCUCAAGCAUUUCGGCUCACGGGUGCCAAUCACAGAAGCAGUCUUGGUGGCCGCUGCAUUUAAAUUCGAGGUCCUACAGCUGCUUCUUCAAGCACAAGUACCCAAUCUUGAUGCACGCCUUUCUGAAGAAGUAGUUUUCCUCGCCACCUACAGCAACUUGUCAGCAUUACCGUGGCUCCUCCAAGAGCAUGGCUCGGCAGUACCGCUGACAGAAAACGUGCUGGUGGCUGCCGCUGCAAAUAGCGUGUUUGGGCUUGAUUGCGAUUUCUGCGACAUCUCCUAUAGUCAUAAGUUUAACAAUGCGUCCAUCUCUAGGAAACUGGCCACCGAGAAUAUUCUCAGGUACACCAGGGCUGUUGAUGUCUCAGAGGAAGUGUUUGAACAGGCUUCAACUGCCAGUGGGGACGGAAAGGAAUGUGCCCUUUAUGAUCUGCUGUCUAUCUGUAUCGAAGAAGAACUGCCUGUUCGUGUUACAGAACAACUGAAGGCACUGGUGUUGAGGAAAGCCGAUGCUCACGACAUCGAGGAUCUCUGCGAAUCGUUCAGUAGGCGUGGGAAAUUCAAGGAUGCGGGGGCCCUUCUUAAGAUGCUAAUAUCGCUUAUCCCUAAAGCCGAGGAAGCCUUAAGCGUUGAUUCUUGA